UGGAUUGGAUUUUCAAUGUAACAUAAGCAUAAAAGAAUUUAAAAGAGAGUUGUUGUUGCGUUGGCCUUUUCUCGUAUUUUCUUUCUCACUCGGUCUUUUUCCUGGAAAGUAAAAUACUACUCCCCCAUUAGUGCCUCAACUAAAAAUCUUCUCAGACGCAGAAAAAGAAACCGCCUUCUAUGGCUCCUCACGGCGAGGGAUCAGACGCUGCAGGGGAUACCACAGUUGUUCAAGCUGAACAACGCCCUAUUUCCAAUAUCCUUCUCAUCAUCGCAAUGCAAACGGAAGCAAUGCCUGUGGUGAACAAAUUCCAGCUGGAAGAGGACCAACAUGCUGCGUUUCCAAAAGGUGUUCCCUGGGUCUGGUAUCAUGGUGUUUACAAUGAUCUCAAUAUCAAUUUAGUAUGGCCUGGAAAAGACCCAAUUCUGGGGGUGGAUAGCGUCGGCACAGUCUCUGCAUCACUUUUGACAUAUGCUGCUAUCCAAGCAUUACAGCCAGACUUAAUCAUCAAUGCAGGCACUGCUGGUGGCUUUAAAGCAAAAGGAGCGUCCAUUGGUGAUGUUUACCUAGCAAGUGAUGUUGCUUUCCAUGACAGAAGAAUCCCUAUCCCCGUAUUUGAUCUGUAUGGAGUUGGUUUGCGGAAGGCUUACUCGACACCCAAUCUCCUGAAGGAGCUUAACCUAAAGGUGGGGAAAUUGUCCACUGGAGACUCUCUGGACAUGUCUCCACAGGAUGAAGCAACAAUUACUGCAAAUGAUGCUGUAGUUAAAGACAUGGAGGGAGCGGCAGUUGCUUAUGUUGCUGAUCUGUUAAAAGUCCCCACAAUAUUUGUAAAAGCGGUGACUGAUGUAGUGGAUGGUGAUAAGCCAACUGCAGAGGAAUUCCUGCAGAAUUUGGCUGCAGUUACGGCUGCACUUGAGCAGGCAGUCACCCAAGCGAUUGAUUUCAUCAAGGGAAAGUGUCUCUCUGAGCUUUGAAGUAACCCAAGCUUUGAUUGACGAUUUAAUCUGAAGAUUUAUGUGAGAAUGGUGUGUUGAUUGAUCAGAUUUGUUUCAAGAAACAUAAUUUUAGGGUUAAAACCUGAAUUCUUAGUUUAAGUAGGUAUACGAGCUGAGCUGCUUAAAAGAUGAGUGCUGAAAAUUUAAUCGUUUUAACCUAAAGUUGUGAAUGCAAACCGGGUUCGUUUCGAUACUGGUACAAUGGUUGUAAGCUUGUUUAAGCGAAGAACAACCGUUUUAUGUCUAUGAAAUAGCUAUUACAUUCCUACUUGAUUUAUUCUGCAAA